UUUGAACGGAGAUGAAACGGCUAACCCCUACGUCACUCUACGCUGAACUGCGUACUGAUGGAUUUCACGUGCUGCGGCCCCUGCAACGUUCUAACUGCGGAGGAGCUUUCGGAGGCGAAUGCCGUGGCGUCGGAAAGGGUGGAGGUGGUGAAGUUCAAGGACACGUCAUCCACCUUUUCGCGGUUUUGCUGCUCAAGGCGGCGACCACAGCGAGGCACCGUGCGGGAGGUGACACUCAGCAGCGCCGAACACGCCUGGCGUUCCAACUACGGACGCUACAAGUACUGCGGUUUGCGCCCAGAUCCCUGCAGAGGAAAGCCUCCAGAGAUGCAGGAUAUGCACCGGGUCAGCCAGUUGCGGUCGCCCGAUGUGGUGGAUGUCGCAGGCGUGCAGAAGCUUCAACGGCGUUUGGCGGAUUUGUCGGACUGUCGGACUGACUUUGGCACCUUGCUGCGCUUUUACCGGGAAGGUGACGGGAAGCCUCCAGCGGCAGAAGAGGCGUUCCGCGAGGCAAUGGACUGGCAGCGACAACAUGAUGUGGGCCGUGCGCUAACCCACUGGAAUCUCGAGCUCUAUGAGCGAGUUUUAGCCCCCUGGUGGCCCUCCGGUGGAUUCUUAGGCCACGGCCGUGAAGGUGAACCUGUGGCUUUAGAGAGGUUGGGCCGAGCGGAUUGGUCGACACUCUAUGACAAUGUGCCCUAUGAAGUUCUCCAGAAGAUGGACAUCGUGCAUUGCCUCCGGACCCUGUCGGGCUGCGAGGAGGACGCGCUGCGGCGGGGAGAGGCCUUCGUGAACGCCACCUUGGUGCAGGACCUGGAGGGCAUCAGCUGGAGCCGCUUCAAGCCCAGCUCCUUGAAGACUUUGGGCAAGCUCCUGAAGACUCGCAUGUACCUGGUGCCACGCACGGGACGCCGAGUGCUCAUUGUCAACGCGCCACCGGCCUUCGUGCGAGUUUGGAGUACCAUCAAGAACCUUGUGGUGCAUCCCAGCACCGCACAGCUCAUUGAGAUCGUGGGCAAAGCUCGGACUUUAGAGGUGCUGCGGAAGUAUUUGGAUGACGACGUCAUCCCGGCCUACCUCGGUGGUACCAGGACAAUCGAUGGAGACCCCGAGUGCCGCACGCUGCUGGCGCCGGGCGGGACACCGCCACAGGAGGCCCUUACACGUGUGCGCCAGUUAGUGAGGCAAGAAGCCCGGAAAGACUUUUAGGCGAAGCACUGCCAAUUGAGCCCCUCAGAUCCAAAGGCGCCGACGGAGCCCGCGGGGAGCUUCUGCGCAGAGCUCGAGGCUCGCA